AUGUAUAUAAUAUCAGGGAAUCAAUCCAAAGAAAACCCAUUUACAUUGCAGUGUUUUUCUGACCAGCAAGAUCUUCAGAUCCCCCUCUUUGUGACCUUCCUGCUCAUCUUCCUCAUCAUUAUGAUUGGUAACUCAACUAUUUUUACAACUAUUACACUGAUUGGCCAGUUGCACACUCCCAUGUACAUGUUCCUGGGCAGCCUCUCACUGCUGGAUAUCUCCUACACCUCGACCACCCUGCCCAAACUAUUACUCAUGCUUUGCACUCAGGACAAGACCAUAUCAUUCGCCGGUUGCAUAAUCCAGUUAUAUUUCUUUAUAGGAUUUACUUGCACCGAGUUCCUUCUCCUCUCUGUCAUGGCCUAUGAUCGCUACGUGGCAAUUUGUCGGCCGCUUCAUUACACAUUAGUGAUGAGCCUAAAACACUGUGUGAGGUUGAUAAUUGUAGUAUGGGCAGCCGGCUUCUUGGAUACUGCGCCUUUCGCUCUACUUAUAAAGAAUUUUACCUUUUGUGCAUCUCAUCACAUCGAGCAUUUCUUCUGUGAUUUUACUCCUGUGCUCAAAAUCACCUGCAGUGACACCUCCACCAUUGAGUUACUGACCUAUAUGAAUGGAGUCUUUAUGGCUUUUAGUGCAUUCACGCUCACUAGUGCAUCUUAUAUUGUCAUCAUCUGUACAGUAGUAACGAUCCAGUCGUCUGAAGGGCGGAAAAAGGCCUUUUCUACUUGUGCUUCCCACUUAAUAUGCGUUACCGUCUUUUAUGGGACCAUCAUCUGUUCAUACAUCAGACCGGUUCAAUCCUAUACCCCAAAGCAGGACACAUAUUUGGCUCUUCUCUAUACUGUAUUAGUCCCAAUGCUAAAUCCUUUCAUUUACACUAUGAAGAAUAAAGAAUUUAAAGAUGGUUUUGGAAAACUGAGAGCCAGAAUUGCACUUCAUUUAGAGCAGUGA